GAGUUGUGACGUAACGAGAGCGAACGCGAGGCUCGUUGACAACGAAGACGAGUCGCAACUGACAGCACCGCCAGCGGCAACGAUCAUGAGCUCCAACUGCAGCCCGGUUCAGGAUUUAUUCUCUGAGGCGGAUUUGCUUUGAGCUUUGCCCUGCUUGGUGCUGGUUGCAGUUGUAGCUGCAGGCGACCAACAAUUUAAGCGGUCGCCAUAUCAAGAUACAACUCAUGGCUAUGCGUGACGUGUGAUGGUUGCUCUGUUACGUACAAGCAAUAGGUGAAGUGUUAGAGUCUUGAGGUUCGUAUUUUGAUCGGCGCCUUCUGCACAGUCUCAAGAUUAUGAUUUUCUUUGAGAACUACGGAACGAACGUUCGGACGGACGGACCAGCUUCAUCUUAUGUUGUUUUACUUACAAUUGUACCAGAAAAGAAGGGGAUUGCACAGUGAUUUGCAUCAGGGCCAGCAGGUAGCUGUGACAGGUUGGUGAUGUCGAAAGAGAUAAUUCUGCCUAUAGAUGCAACUUGAACCAUUAGUUAUUCCAUUCAGAUAUCCUGCUGGUGAGAAUUGUACACACAAAAAAUGGCUAGUAACCAACUUAACAUCUACCCAGCUAUCAUGGCGUUCUUCCUACCUGCAACUUUUCUCAUCACGUAUGGGAUAGCAGUGUAUCUAGGUCAUGUGGAACCAGUUUUCCCCUAUAUCAGUGACACGGGAACCGUUGCUCCAGAAAGCUGUGUUUUUGGACAGCUCCUCAACCUCUUUGCAGCACUCACUGCCUGGUGUAUGUAUAUCCGGUACAAACAAGUCCGCCAUUACUAUGAUGUGAUAGAGAAAAGAGGAUUAUUGAGCACUCAUCCAAAACGUGCUCAAACAGUAAAGUGGAAACGACGUAUCAACAAAUUUUCCUUUGGUGUAGGAAUUUUAUGUGCCUUGGGAAUAAGUAUUGUUGGAAAUUUCCAAGAAGACAACAUGCUUGAGAUGCACCUUCUUGGAGCGAUAAUGGCAUUUGGUGGUGCAGGACUCUACUGCUGGGUGCAAACUAUACUGUCAUACAAAAUGGCUUCAAUACCUCAGUCAGACAGCAAGUGUCGACUUAUGCGGGUCAUUCUCUCCACUAUACAAACUACCUCCUUCAUAACAAUGUUGAUAACUACAAAAAUUUCCUUGGAUGUGUUUCCAGGAACUUUACGUGACUUAAAAAAAUGGAAUAGCACACAACCGGGUUACAGAGAACAUGUUAUUGCAGCGUCCUCAGAAUGGCUGAUGGCAAUUGCAUCAUCAUUUUUUUUCAUCACUUUUGUCUGUGAGCUGAGGAAGACGCAGACAAAAGUACUUUUUAUGUCAAGUGCCAGCAGACAUAUGAUGGACAUCGAAGAGGAUGGUACUGGACCUGGCUCAUAUCCUAGACAAAAGUACAGCCCCAGUAAAAGUCCCUCAGACAUCAGUACCCAUCUAGUAGACCCAGUUGAGCAGGGAACAGUUUAUGAAUUAGAGGAAACUUGCUCUUCUGGAAACUCUGGCAAGGAUAAAAAUGUAAAUCGGCGGUGUAAGUGAGCAGUGUAUGAUGGACCUAUGUGCCUUUUUCAAACAAACGAAAAAAGGGAUGACAUUGUUUAGAAUGCCUACCUUUUUCUUCUUGUCAUUGUGCCAUAUCAAUAUUAAAAAUAUAAAAGAAGGCA